AUGGUCGGUCAGGAAGUCGAUAAGGAACGCUAUGCAGGUAGUUGCAACCCUUCUCGCCGCGCGAAACGUACACCCGCUGCAUCGACUUCACACAUGGCUAGUGACCACGACAACGUCCCCAAAGCGACGCCUAUCCUACCCAAAGGACAACCCCCUUUGCCUGCCGACUCCCCUAUGGACACCUCAUCAGCACCUUCGACUGCGUCAGCCGCCCCAGCUCCUGCCAAACGCGGUAGGAAGCCAGGACCUCUGUCUCGUGCUGCACGGGAAGCACAGCGCCGCCUAAACCACUCGAUCAUCGAGAAAGCUCGUCGAACCAAGAUCAAUGAGGCGUUGGCCACCCUCCGGGAAUUGGUUCCUCUCGACUAUGGUCAACCAAAGCCAACCAACCCUCCUGAAUCUGACGAGGAGGGCGAUGGCGAGUAUAGACCAGGUUCCAGCAAACCGAAGAAGCAGGGGAAGGAAGAGAAGAAGGAGAAAGAGUUCAAACUCGAGAUCUUGGUCCGAACGGUGGCCUACAUGAAAGAGCUAAUCAGCCGCGUUGGCGACCUCGAAGCUAAUCCGCCUCAGCCCCAGCCCCAGCCAUCCAGCUCCUCUCCUCUGUGCCCCAAUUGCGCGGCACCUUCAACGGCUUCGAGGAAGCGCCCACGUGAAGAGGGGGACAUGGGGGCACCAUCGGAUCGGGCAGUUAGGCGCGCGAGGCGGGACAGCUACAUUUCCGUCGCCGGAGAGACGCUGAGCCCCAUUCCAUCCCCCCUUCAAGCUCCCUUCUCAUCCCGUCCAUCGUCGUCGCGCCAUCCGUCCCUUGAUGGUCCGCUUCCUCCGAUCUCAUCCUGGCUUCUAGACUCAGAAUCAGACUCCCGCAUUCUCCCCCACAGGGAUUCGCAUCCUAAACCCCCAAGUUCGUAUCUCCCUUCACCGCCAUCAUCCACCCAGUUUGAUCCAGUUCGUCCGACACACGUUCCUCCGAGUCUAAACCUGGACCACCCUUCCAGUUCGGCAAGUACUUCCUCUCUAACUUCACCGACAAGAACAAUGGAAGACGAGUCUGCGGCGACGCUUCUGCUCCAUAUCGCGGGAGGUACCUCCCCGGCGUUCAGGCCCACGUUGGAGGACUCGGACAGCAUCUCUGCAUUGCCGAUCACAAGGCGGCUUUCAUUGUCUGAGGUGCGGACGUAUUCAUCGUCUUCUGUGGAGUCGAGCUUCUGCCCACUCGACACAAGCCGUUCGGAGAAGAGUACGAACGUUCGAGCCGAGCGUAAUCGCCAGGUAGAAACUCCGGCUUCAUUGUUGGGAAUCAGGCAUCUCGUCCGACCUUGA